AUGCGACCGGCAGAGAAGCGUGAUGGAACCACACAGGAAAUUCGGGUCGGACGCCAUCGCGACAAACUUGAGGAAAUUCGAGAAUCAUUAAAGGCAUUCGAACACGAAAACAAUUCAUCAAACACCGAUCAUUCGAAUGAAAACGGCGAGUCGUCGAGUUCAAGGCAUGAAUACGCGCAGAAGAGUCGAGUGGCAACGACAUUUCAAAGAAUGCCGACUGAACAUGAAAUGGUCUAUCGGAAUGUUCAGCAUAAAGAUGUGGUGAAUCGAAAUGGAAAUACAGUGCAACAUACUGUUGACGAAACUAGGAUACAUACAUCACCGUCGUCUUAUAGGCCUCCUCCUAGUUAUCAUGCUAAUAACAACGUCUCUCCUGUUUUUCAAAGACCCCCUCCCCCAGCUUAUGAUGCUCCUUCGAAUACUCAACGAGUCACACCUGUUCCUUUCGAUACUCAUCGAACCCAUUUGCAUAUUAAAACUCAGCCAAAGUCAAAUAAGAUGCCCAUUCAACAUUAUAAGAAUAUGGCACCGCCUCCGCCUGGGAAAUCGACAAUUUCAAUAGAAACGAAUAUACCCGAUGCGUUUCGGAAUAUGGCAAUUUCAUCGAGCGGUAAAACACAACCAUUGUAUCACACGUCGCUCGACAAAAAAACGGCUAAUAGUGUGGUUAGCAUCAACGUGGCAUCUCCGCAAACGACACGAAUAAAUGUUGGAGAUAGUCCGAUUUCAUCGAAAUCGUUUCUUAUUGGUCCUCGUUACACUUCUGAUGCCGAUCGCACAAAAAUAUUUGUUAAUUAUACAGACGAGUUGCGACAAGAUCCUCGUCUUGUACCUUCAACUUCGGCGGCGAACGAAAAUGUGGAAACGAUGAACUUACGCCAUAUGCUGUUCAAACCACCGAACCUUGACAUAACAUUUCAAGCGAUGAAUCAGUACGGUGAAAAUUUGCAAAGGUAUGUACAAGAUGUGAAACGCUGUACUUCUCCGAUCGAUAAGAGCAUUUUGGAAAUGUAUUCGAAAAACACACGACGAUGUCAAGCAUGCAAACCGAAUAUGUUUCGAUUUUACAUGGAGCAGCACGUUGAACGUCUUCUGCAACAAUAUCGAGAACGUGAGAAACGAAUGCGACAAUUGGAGAAGGAGAUGAAUGCCGCUGAGCUGCCGACUGCGAUGAGACAAAGAAUGCUCGAAUUUUUACAACAAAAAGAAUCAAGGUAUACGAGACUGAGAAGACAAAAAAUGAGCAAGGAUCAUUUCACAAUACUCAAGCCAAUCGGAGUCGGAGCAUUCGGAAAAGUUCUUCUUGUGAGGAAAAAAGAUACCGGCAAAGCGUACGCGAUGAAAUGUCUGGAAAAAGCUGAUAUUAUAAUGAAACAGCAGGCCGCUCAUGUCAAAGCUGAACGAGACAUUUUAGCUGAAGCUGAUUCUCCAUGGAUUGUCCGAUUAUUUUUUUCAUUUCAAGACGAAUCUUGUCUUUAUUUCAUCAUGGAAUAUGUUCCAGGGGGUGAUAUGAUGACCCUUUUGAUUCAAAAGGGAAUUUUCGAGGAAUCACUUGCCAGAUUCUACAUUGCCGAGUUGACAUGUGCCAUCGAAUAUGUGCAUUCAGUGGGCUUUAUUCAUCGAGAUAUCAAGCCUGACAACAUUUUAAUCGAUCAAUUUGGACAUAUCAAACUAACUGAUUUUGGAUUAUGCACCGGAUUGCGAUGGACGCAUGAUCGACGGUAUUACGGUCCGGAGAAUGAGCAUCAGAGAAUGGAUUCAUUCUCUUUACCGCCUGAAAUCGAGAAAAAUAUCAAGGUGUUGAGCGCCCGUCAGCAGACUCGCCGUAUAUUCGCCCAUUCGGUGGUCGGCACCGGAAAUUACAUGGCUCCCGAGGUGAUCACACGGUCUGGCCAUACGCAAUCAUGUGAUUGGUGGUCAAUGGGUGUCAUUUUAUACGAAAUGGUGUUCGGCCGUGUGCCGUUCCACGCCGAAAACGCCCAUGAGACGCAAUUUCGAAUCGUGAAUUGGCGACAAUUUCUUGACCUCUCCUGUGGCGCCCAUUUGACGAUGGAUUGCCUUGAUAUGGUUACGUCUUUGGUUUGCGAUGUACCGAAUCGUCUUGGAUCUCACGGAGGAGCCAGUCAGAUUAAACGCCAUCCAUGGUUCAAAGGAAUCGAUUUCACGAAUUUGCGGAAAAGCCGAGCAGAGUACAUUCCGCAAGUCUCGCAUGCCGAAGAUACUUCAAACUUUGAUACGUUUGAGCUUAAUGAUAAGAUCGAGCCACCCAAAGUGCGAUCGAUCAAUAAUCCAGCAUUCUAUGAAUUCACUUAUCGUCACUUCUUCGACACCGACAGUCUCGGAUGCCCAUCUCUGAGACCAUCGGGUCGUCGGCCUUCACUCAGACCUCUCUUGGAGAAUGGAGUUUUCGAUGGACAGUCGGAAGACGACUCGUCGCACAUUUAA